AUGGUGGGAUCAUCAUCAUCAUCGUCUUCUGCAGCGGCUCCCUUACUGCCGCUGCAUCAACAGCAAUCACAACAACAGCAAUCUCCUACACGUAGUACAGUUAGUCGAGCAUCGAAUAGCGAUUCCAUGCGCCGCUCGCGACGUCGACCGCGACCUCUUCCGCGUCGCUCGUCUUCCUCUCCUCUCUCCACACUUCGCCGACAAACUCCACCAUCGCCAGUACAAGUACAACCUCCACCGCUGGAUCGACUCCAUUCCGGCAGUGCCGUGGCGGGGUUUGUCGUGGGCACAACGUUUGAAGCGAUUCUGAUUGGAUUGCUGGCGUUUCUGCAACUCCGCGGCAACAUUCCGGAAACGGAUCCCUUGCUAGCGUACGCCAUUUUGUGUUUGGUGGUAUUACUGGCAUGGAGUCUUCUCUUUCAAUUUGUAUUGAGUCAAUUAGACGCCCUCUGUCCACCGCUCCAAAAGUAUGAUCCGCAGUCGAAUCUGUACGGCCAUUUCAAUAUGGGGUUGGCGUGGGGUAUGGGAUUGGAAUGCACGCUCCUUCAAUUCAUUUUCUCCAAACACCACAGCAGUGUUCUGUCAUCCCUCCUAGUAUCACCAUCCAUUGGAAUUGUCUCGCUCGUCUUUGGAGUGGGAUGUGUCGGCAUGACCGUCAUGCGCACGUAUUACCAACAAAACAGCAGCAGUCAAAACAAACUCUUUCAUUCCUCCUCUUCUUCCUACCAGAGAUUGCAAGAUCCACACAAUGUGGCAGGCAUGGUGUAA